GACGAUUCUCGAGACGAUACAUUGAUACAGUGUAAGCGUGCGUGCGAGCGCGCGCGUAGAGUGCUAGGCGGCCAGAUAAUCAGGGGCGCGAGCGCGGUUACAGUUUGCGGAAGUGGAAGAGUUUCGUCGUCGAAGUUUGAACAACUCGGUCUUGUUGGUUGUGGUUUAUCCCACGCUUUGGCAGACGUGAACAAGCCCAAAUGUUUUGGUGUGACCUUGGUGCGACCCCGUGAUGAAGAUCCAUGGCAAAAUUCUGCACCAUUACCUGGCCAGCGGUGCACCUGAUAAAGAGGGAUAUCUCUACAAAAAAGGGGAAGUGAACACGUCUUACCAGAAACGUUGGUUCUCCCUCAAGGGGAACCUGUUGUUUUACCGGGAACGCCGAAGUGAGCGCGACCUUCUGGGCGUGAUCGUGCUGGAGCGCUGCAUUGUGCAGCUCUGCGACUCUGAAGAGCUCUUCGCCUUCUCCGUGUCAUUUUACAGUGAUGCCGAGGACACCGACGGCCUGCGCACCUACAAGUUCUCAGCCGAGGACCAGGCGAGUCAGGAGAGUUGGGUCAAAGCGCUUCACUCGGCCCACCACAGCUACCUCAACCUCCUAGUGCAAGAUCUACGCCAGCAAUACCUCGAGGCAGCAAGAAACACCGGAAUUGAGCCAGUGGACAGAAUGUCUGCAAAGGAAAUGAUGCGUCAUUUGCAGAAGCCUAACAAAUUCCCAGGCUCAAACUCGGUCUUUUACGCACAGAACGAAAACCAGGCACUACAAGCCCCGUCUACUGGAUACAAGCAAGCGGCCAAACGCUCCCCUAAACUUUGGCCCAAGCGGCAAACACUUGGCCCUGCACCAUGCACUGCGGAGAUGGUGGAGCCUUUGCAGGACUUCUGCCAACUACACGAGUACUUUGGACAGGAAGUCAGGCAACUGAUAGCAGAGUGGCAGAAGAAGAGACUGGAAAAGUUGACACAGGCUGAAGGAAAUCUGAUUGACUUGGGGUAAAAAAAAAAUGUCUGAAAGUUAAUGUAUUAACUUAAAGGUACUUAACAUCAACAACGUUAUUGUUACAAUAAUGUCUAGGUGAUUGGAUGCUCAAAAUCGUCAUUAUUUUUGCAAUAUUUUAAAAUAUUUUUUUUUUGUACAUAUUUAAAUUUAAAUAUUUCAUGUUACCCAUGUAAUUUUCUACCCCUUAAGAAGUAGAAAAUAAAUUAUAUUUAAUUAAUUAUUUAAUUGCAAAUUUCCUAUUUUUUUUUAUUCAUUGUUAAUCAUUGCUUUUUUUAUCUAGUCUGAGACACUGUUCUGAAUUUAUUUUCUCUGAAUGCU